AUGGACGAUUUUGAACUGGAGUGUGAUCGAGACCUAGCGGAUGAUCUUGAUCGUGAUCUGGAUUUUGAUCUUGAUCUAGAUUUUGAACGUGAUGCAGAUCUAACAGAUGACUUUGAUCGGGAUCUCGACUUUGAGCGAGAACGAGAUGCCCGUCUAGAUGGGCUUACUGACCUUGACUUUGAGCGAGAACCUGAUCUGGCGGAUGAUCUUGAACGGGACCUCGACUUUGAGCGAGAUCGAGAUGAUCGCUUCGAUGGGCUCACCGACCUCGACUUUGAACGUGAAGCAGAUCUAGCGGACGACCUUGAUCGGGACCUCGACUUUGAGCGAGAACGAGAUGAUCGUUUUGAUGGACUGACUGAUCUAGACUUGGAGCGUGAAGCAGAUCUAGCGGAUGAUUUUGAACGAGAUCUCGAUUUUGAGCGAGAACGAGACGCACGUCGAGAUGGGCUCACUGACCUCGACUUUGACCGUGAAACAGAUUUGGCAGAUGACUUUGAUCUUGAUCUAGACUUUGAGCGAGAACGAGAUGCACGUUUAGACGGACUUACUGAUCUUGACUUCGAACGAGAACGAGAACGAGAACGAGAACGAGAUGUACGUCCAUCAGGACUUGCUGACCUUGAUUUUGAUCGUGAAGCAGAUCUAACAGAUGACUUUGAUCUGGAUCUUGACUUUGAGCGAGAGCGAGAUGAUCGUUUUGAUGGACUGACUGAUCUAGAUUUUGACCGUGAACCAGAUCUAGCAGAUGAUUUUGAUCUUGAUCUUGAUUUUGAACGAGAGCGAGAUGCACGUCCAGAUGGGCUUACCGACUUCGACUUGGAGCGAGAACGAGAUGAUCGCUUCGAAGGGCUUACUGACCUCGACUUGGGGUGGUCAGAUGCAGCAUCCUCAGGAGUCGCUGAACGAGAUCUAGCCGGUGUAGACAUUUUGGAAGUUGGUGAAUUCAAAGCGGACUUGUCUUCAGCUACUUUGUCCGCGGAACUUUCAAUGAGACUUUUGUCCAGCACGUCACUUUGA